UUAUACUACAGGGUGGGCCUUUUAUAUGGAUACACCUUAAUAAAAUGGGAAUGGAAGAGGGUCAUGUGACACAUCAAGCUUAUUGGCAAUUUCACAAGAAAAACAAUGGGUAUCACAUAAACCGCCAAGAUGUCUAAAAUGACGAAUUCCCGUAAGACCCACCUGAAGAGCUUGAUGCUCCAGGUGGCCAAAGCUGCUAUUGAAAAAGAAGAAGCUGAUCUUGAGGCUGAGAAGGAAAGUUACCUGGCUGAGCACUGUCCACCUCUGAGUAUUCCAAGUUCUUUGCAGGAUCUACAGGAACUCUGCAAGAAGUUGCACGCCAAGAUUGAUGUAGUAGAUGAGGAGAGAUAUGACAUGGAGUCGAAAGUCCAAAAGAGCAGCAAGGAGCUGGAAGACUUGAACCAGAAAAUCUUUGACUUGAGAGGUAAAUUCAAGAGGCCAGCCCUGAGACGUGUACGUAUGUCUGCUGAUGCUAUGCUUCGCGCUCUACUUGGUUCCAAGCACAAGGUCAACAUGGAACUCCGUGCCAACCUCAAGCAGGUCAAGAAAGAGGACACUGACAAGGAGAAGGAUCUCCGUGAUGUUGGUGACUGGCGUAAGAACAUUGAAGAGAAAUCCGGCAUGGAAGGCAGAAAGAAGAUGUUCGAGUCUGAGGCCUAAGCCCUUCAUCGUGCCCACGGCCAUCUGCUACCCGAAGCUGCCAAAGACACCCACUUCAAAAUACCACAGCUCUUUCCUGGCAACUUUGGCGUUAACCCCUCUGCUGCUCAUCUUACCCAUGUUUACAGCAGCCAAGGGGUUAAUGAAGCCUUACCUCCAUCCUCUACUCUCCUCACUUUAAACCCAAGAGAAUGUCUUACAGUAUGUUUUGGACUGGUGAGAGGGACACAGGUUUGUGGUUCCCCUCUGCUUAAGCCACAAUCUGGUUCUGCAGGUGCUGUGCUAUGUGGACGUGAGAACAUAACCGUGUAAAUAAAGCUUGUGACGUCCUUUAUGGUUUGUGAUACCUGACGUGUAGGUGACAUCACGCUUCUUUCUUCCGUGUCAUUUAUAAAGUUUUAUACUUUACCUUUGCUCUAGGAAGGAGGGCUAUUUCAACAGGAUGAUCGAGAACUGGAAUUGUGGGGGGAAUGUUAUUAC